CAAGAUUCUCCAAGCCACCAUCCUUUGUUAAACAGUAUAUAUGUCCGCCUGGACCGACUGCUUUGUCUGGUCUUGUUACUCCGACCACACUUCAAUCUCGACCUCUUCUAUAACAACACAAACAACUCCCGAGCAAAAGCCAACAUGCGCGCCGCAGAUUCAUACUUUCCCUUCUUCCGAACACCAGACGGCAUGGCAGACUUACAAGGCCGGAUCGCUAUCGUUACAGGCGGUGCAUGUGGGAUUGGCAGCGAAAUUGCGAGAGCGCUCGUUGUCCACAAAUGCCGCGUCAUCAUGGUGAAUGUCCAAGACAAGCAAGGCACCAAGACCGUGUCACAGAUCCGUGAUGAAGUUGGCCAAGGUGCGGCGAUCGAACACCGAUACUGCGACAUGACAGACUUGAUCCAAGUCCAAGAGGUGUUCUCUACACUAUGCCAUGAACUUCCAAGACUGGACCUGUGUAUAUUCGGCUCAGGGAUCGAUCAAGCCCACUUCGCAACCGACAUCCACUGCAUAGACGCUUACUUCGGUAUGAUGUGGCUUGGUCACUUCUAUGCUAGCAACCUUCUAUGGCCAUUACUACGCAGAACCUCACGGAUCCCCGAUGCUCCUGCUCCUCGUGUCAUCUUCGAAGCGCCCGGACAGCAGCGAUUGCAAAGUCUCUCCGACGCCUCCUCAAGUGACGAAGAAGACUCAGCCCGCUCAGUUUACGACAAAGAAGUCUGUUCCGAAAUCUUCCGUCGGUCAAAGACGAGUAUGAUCCUUGGAGUCAGGCACGGUCUCGCCGAUCGUAUUGUCAAACGCCAUCACGAUAACAUCUAUGCGCUUGCGGUACAACCAUCAAAGAACCUUGUGGACGCAAGUAGCCACGCCAGACGAGAUAGUUAUUGGCAACCGAUGGACCUCUGCGAUCGUAUCCUGGAUACCUUGUCAAAAGAUACCAGUUUCACGGUACGCAAUAGCUCGCGCAUAGUUCUCUACGCAGCGACGUCACCCGAUGUAGAGAGCAAGUACCUAAACGGUGCAUAUCUAGUCGAUGUCGGUGUUCCAGGACGAGAAAAAGACCUAGCGGCAGAUCCUUCUCUGGGACCUGGCUUCUGGAAAAUCAGCGAAAGAGCCAUCAAUGCAGUACUUGGAAAGGAUGCAAUGGUGCCCUGGGAUCACCAGUGGGUGAGGUCACCAAAAGACAUGUCUGCAUAAGCGUUAGUGAGGUCUUACGAAUAUAACGAAACAUUUCUUCCGUCAUUCAGCCAAGUCCACUGAUGCAGGAGUUUAUCCACAUCAGUUUUGAUGCCUUA